GUGUAAACCGCAUUCGACGACGGCGAGGGUGUUGGAAUGGCCAUGUCCCUACUCUCUGUGCCACCAACACCUCAUCACACCUCUUCGUUUCCCCGCCCUUACUCCUCCACUACACGGGUGCAUCUCCCUCGCUCCUCAACCUUCACCUUCACCAAGUCUACGGUUAAGCCCCUCGUCCCUCUCUCUUCGUCUCCUUCUUCUCCAUCUUCUGUUGUAGAAGAUGAUCCCAUUCCUACCCCGUCCUCCGAUGCCAUCCCUGUACAGUCAAAAUCUGAUGAGCUUCCUUUCAGGGGUUGUAAAGCCUGUGGAAGAGAAGAAGUGGAAAGGGGAUGCAAUGGUGAAGGAAGGAUUCAAGGUGGGAUUGCAACAGUCCCAGGAUUUGGAUGGUGGCCAAUAAAGGUCUACAGGCCUUGUCCUGGAUUUUUGGCUUCCGGUGGUAGGUAUAGGCGACAGGGGCAAAGCAUGGAUGAGGUUGCCUUUGGAAGGGGAAAGAGAGGCAGUGCCAGUGGUGAUGCUGGUGAGUGAUGAGGAUCAAUCAAGCCAGAAAAAGGAAGGUCCAAGGAGAUUCAAGAGAUAACUAAUUAGAGCACUGGAAGAGAUAGAGAUGUAAAUGUGCCUGCAUAAUGCAACAUAGCACAAUUCAGUAUAUACUGUAUAAUCUGCAAGCAAUUUGAUGUAAAUUGCAUGGAGCAAUGGGUCAUAUAUUUGUCAAGCGACUGGCAGCAUACUUUUCUAAGUGCCUAUGAAUGUCUUUAUGAAUGUUCCUGUUCCUUCAAUUCCGAGCUGAUAUAUAUAUAUAUAUAUACAUCAUGAUAUCACACAAGUAAAUUUGUUUAUAUCAA